GGGGCCCCACUCCCCCUUGCGUCCCCCCACCUCACAGCUCCUUCGACCUCUUGCAAAUCCACACCAUCUCGAAUAGAGCGCGAGCCUUCGAUGGAAUGGGAACUGGGUACCCCAUCCCCUAUUCCUAGGAAGGAAAAGCACUGGCUGCUUGACUCUGAUUCGGACGAUGGACAACUUCAGUCAACGAAGGCUCCCCGGCAACCGUCGCAUACAAAGUCCAAACUGUCCCCUGACGCCAUCAGUCUUUCGUCGCACAGCGCUCUCUCACCUAUCAAGUCAGCAAGGCUAGCACAGCAAACUGAUCCAUUCAUGAACCGGAUUCUCAAAGACACGCAACCGCCCUGCUCUGUAGCUGUCCAAAAUGUACCGGAACUGAUCGAUAUCAGCACGACGGUCGAGGAUAUAAAUGUCGACACAUCACAGCCUAUUCGGCGGAUGGGUGCGAGGGGUCCAGCUUAUGGGACCACAACUCCCGGUACACCCCACUCUUCUCCAGACCCCUUGGGAAUGGAUUCAUUACUGGAUUUGUCGCAGCCUCUUAGCGGGAACCAAAAGAAACGUGCCUUGCUCAGGGGUAGGAGACAAACCCCAUCGCCAAGUCCCUCUCUUCACUUUCAGCUAAAUGACCCCGAUUUAUCCCCCGGGACCACAUCUCGCCGACGUAAAACGAAGAACCCGGAGCGUUUCAGACGGCGCGAGCGACCACCGCUUUGGGAUCACCAGAACGGCAUGGUUGAAAUGGAAGCUGUUCAUUCCGGAGACGAUAUUUCUGAGGGUUGCUCUGGUUCCGAUGGACAACGUGAAGAUGAAUACGAUCGGGAAUUCAUCGCGGAUGACAGCCACGUCACACAAGUGAACAGUAGCUACGACCAAAGCGCGAUCUACCGGCAAGGGCUUCUCACACAAGCUCCAAGGCAUCUCUCGCGUGCAUUCGGACCAUCUGAUCGGAGUGUUGGCGGGAGGUGGGCGGCCUCUGAUUCUUCGCCGAGUGCGGCAAUGAAUCUGAGCGAGGAUCAGUACUCCAUUGGGAGCUUUGUGGCGGCGGAUGAUGAACCGGUAUCGUAUUUCAGCGAUGAAUAGACGCUUCAGCGCUUU